CUCUUUCGCACAUUUACUCAACUUCGGGUUGGAAUAUAGUUUUUAUCUGAAAAGAAAUAAUAAAUUGAAUAUCAUCAUCAAACAUGUUCAGAUUGAAUAAGACAGUGCAUGAGUUCGUAGUUCUACAGACCAGUGUUUUUGGUGAAAAAAGUUAACAACAACUAGGUAAAAAUAAUGAAUUUUCCAAAGUUGUUUGCCGAGAACAAUCGAAUAACAACACAACUGAUCCAGAAGCACUUGAAAGAAUACAAUCACUUGAUUAAAUGGAGAAAUCAACCUUCGGUAUUGGAAAUUGGAUACGGAGAUGGAGGAAGUUCUCAGAAAUCAUUUUUUCCUUACUUACCGAAAGACUUGAAGGAAUUUGUAGCUCUCGACAAAUCCGAAAAGAUGGUGGAUUACGCUAGGAAAAACUCUAUUCUGCCAACAAUGAAAAUAGAACAACUUGACAUAACUACUAAA